UUUGGUGAAUUACUGUUGACCACCAAUGGAGAGAACCACCCCGGUUAGGAAGCCUCACACUUCCACCGCAGAUCUGCUUACUUGGUCCGAAACUCCACCUCCUGAUUCUCCUGCUCCUGGCUCUGCCACUGUUCGUUCUCACCAGCCGUCGGAUGGGAUCAGUAAGGUGGUGUUUGGGGGUCAGGUGACGGACGAAGAAGUCGAGAACUUAAACAAACGAAAGCCUUGUUCAGAGUAUAAAAUGAAGGAGAUCACUGGCAGUGGGAUCUUUGCAGCCAAAGGAGAUGACGACACACUAGAACCCGGCAGUGCCAACCCCACUCCGAACAAAACUGGACUGCGCAUGUAUCAGCAAGCAAUUGCUGGAAUCAGUCAUAUCUCCUUUGGUGAGGAAGAGAGCAUUUCUCCCAAAAAGCCCACUACUUUGCCUGAGGUGGCCAAGCAGCGUGAGCUGAGUGGAACCUUGGAAAGUGAAUCAGACUCUAAGAAGAAGCAGCUUUCUGAUGCAAAGUGCAAGGAGCUGAGUGGCCAUAACAUAUUUGCUUCUCCACCUGAAAUUAAACCCCGGCCUGUGACUCCUCGCAUUAUGGAAUUGAAAGGAAGCAUAAGCAUUGGAGAACCUGCUACACUUCCUGCUGAUGGAGACGAAGACAAUGAAUCAAUUAACAAGACGGCAAAGAAGAUUUAUAACCAGAAAUUUAAUGAUCUUUCCGGAAAUGACAUCUUCAAGGGUGAUGCGCCCCCAUCAUCUGCCGAGAAGCCACUCAGCGUAGCUAAACUGCGAGAAAUGAGUGGCAGUAACAUCUUUGCUGAUGGAAAGGUAGAGUCCAGAGACUACCUAGGCGGCAUUAGGAAGCCACCUGGGGGGGAGAGCAGCAUUGCCUUGGUAUAGCCUGUUAGGUCUAACUGUGUUAUGGC